GCUAAUGCUACGAGCGAGUCUGGACCUGGCCCUUGAUAGGCCGAAGAACCGUCAUUGGAGGAAUUUCUGGGCAAUUUGGACCGGCCCACCCGGUAAAUCCGGCCCGUGUUUGCCGGGUCGUGAUGUUGUAAGAGGCGCGCGGUCGGAUGAACAGGUGCAGGUUUUGCUGCAUCUCGACGAGAUGGCGUUCCUCCGAACGCCGUCGCUUCUCAUUCCGUGUCCCCAGCCUCCGGCGCGAACUCCCAGGACUUUGCCGCAGAUGUUUGGGUACUUGAUCGGGUUAAUCUGCUGAGAGAGGUGUUGUACACCCAUGAAACCCGCACCCCCCAGCUUUCGAAGCCAACACUGCGUCCCAACCAGCACCGUAAGCGCCCUUCUCUGCUGAAAAUCGGCGUCCAAAUGUCUUUCGCCGAAUCCAGGGAAGACCGGGUCCCCGAGUCCGUAGCUCAUGCCCGGAGAAUCGCACAUGAUUUUGACUUCCCAGCGGAGGAGGUCCGUCGCGCGACAUGCCACUUUUUGCAACAGCUUAACGAGGGGCUCCAGCGGGAUGGCACAUCAAUGUGUCAGAUUCCGUCCUUUGUGACAAACCUUCCCAAUGGCUCCGAAAAGGGCGUUUGUAUGGCCAUAGACCUCGGCGGCACCAACCUAAGGGUGUGUUCUGUCGAGCUGAACGGGGAUUCCACAUACUCUCUUACUCAGUCCAAGGCGGUGAUCCCAAGAGAUCUCAUGAGCGCACCAACCUACAAAGAUCUCUUCAGAUUCAUCGCCUUGCAGAUCAAGACGUUCUUGGAAAAGCACCGUCCCUCGGACUUGGAGACAUGGGCCCGCGUGCUGAAGGAGGAGAGCAUUACUGAAGAGGCGCGAAAGAAGCACUGCAAGAGCUUGGGCUUUACGUUCAGUUUCACCUUUGACCAACACGCCAUCGACAAGGGCACUCUCCUCUACUGGACCAAGUCGUUCGACAUCCCGGAUGCAGUAGGACGCGACCCCUGCGCCAUGUUGCAAGAAGCCCUCGACGAGCAGCAGUUGCCUCUGUUGGUCACCGCUCUCGCCAACGACACGGUCGGCACUCUGGCUACCCGUGCCUAUACGUCGCCGGGCCAGUCUAGCAACGCUGUCGGCGCAAUCUUCGGAACGGGGACCAACGGCGCCUACAUGGAACGCAUCUCGCGCAUCACCAAGCUGCAUUCCACAAAGGCGUUCCGGGACGCUGAGCCGGGUGAGAUGAUGGCUCUCAACACGGAGUGGGGUGGCUUCGACAACAAGCUCGAGGUGCUGCCGACGACAAAGUACGAUCGCGAGCUGGACCGGGACUCGGUCAACCCCGAUGAUCAACACUUUGAGAAGAGGAUAUCCGGCAUGUACCUGGGAGAAAUACUCAGACGGAUCCUCGUCGACCUGAUCCAGACCCAGCCGGGAAUUUUCGAACUCGAGGUCUCUCGGGGUUCAUUGCUCCACGUGCCCGACAGUAUCGACAGCUCGCUCUUAUCUAUGGUGGUCAAGGACGACACUCCCGACCUGGAGCACGCACGCGGCGAAAUAUCAAGAGUGCUGGGAGCCACUCACGUAUCGACGAACGACGCGAAAGCCAUCAAGAUCCUGUCCGAAGCGAUUGGUCGGAGAUCGGCGAGACUAUCCUCUGUGGCGAUUGCCGGGGUCGCCCUCCAGUCUGGGAUUUUCGAACCAAAGACCGUCGCACAACCGCUUUCACCGUGCUGGGGUCUGGGUAUCAAUGUCCUCAAGCCCAUCCUCUACGGCGUUCAGACCUUUUGGAGGUUCCUCGCAAGCUGGCUCCGGGUCAAGGUCCGCAUCACCGUCCCCAAAAAGCAGUCUGCGAGCUCGGCGGGUGGCUCUGGGGGUCAGUGUACGAGUGAGCGCGAGAGCGAGGUCGAAGCCAUUGAUAUUGGCGUCGAUGGAUCUCUGGUUGAACACUUUCCCAACUUUGAGAAGCAUAUUCGAGAGGCUCUUGGAGAAAUCCCCGAGAUCGGUGACCGUGGAGAAAGAAUGAUCAAGAUAGGGAUGGCUAGAGACGGCAGCGGCGUUGGGGCUGCGCUGAUCGCAUGGGCGGCGAGAUCGUAAUGGAUGGACUUUGGCCAGCCAUCUCGGGGCUGGGGGGGUGCUUGAAAAUUAAACCAUUAGAGGAAUAGAGAGUUGUGCUAGACGUGAAGACUAUAGGCGUGGUUCAGGCUGCCACAGGAAACUGUAGAUAGACCGCGUAUGAUGUGGC